CACUUCUUUCCUCCAACCCACCCAUCGAACAAAUUACACAGCAACAAGUAACAAGGAAGUCUCAUCAGUGAGUCUAACUAAUUGAUGGAGCGGCGAGGCGGAGCGGCGGAGCUGGAGCUGCCGGGGUUCCGUUUCCACCCGACGGAGGAGGAGCUGCUGGAGUUCUACCUGAGGCAGGUGGCCCACGGCAAGAAGCUCAAGUUUGACAUCAUCCCCACCGUCCAUCUCUACCGCCACGACCCAUGGGAGCUACCAGGGUUGGCGCCGAUAGGGGAGAGGGAGUGGUACUUCUUCGUGCCGCGCGACCGCAAGCAGGCCGGCUGCGGCGGGCGGCCGAGCCGGACGACGGAGCGCGGCUUCUGGAAGGCCACAGGGUCGGACCGCUCGGUGCGGUGUGCCACCGACCCGAAGCAGCUCAUCGGGCUCAAGAAGACGCUCGUCUACUAUGAGGGUCGCGCGCCCCGCGGCAUCAAGACCGACUGGGUCAUGAACGAGUACCGCCUCCCCGACGCCAAUGCGGCCGCCGGCGACUCAUCGUCCAGUAACUCGCCCAAGGAGGACAUCGUUUUGUGCAAGAUAUACCGGAAGGCGGUGUCGCUCAAGGAGCUGGAGCAGCGGGUGGCCAUGGAGGAGCUCGAGCGCGCCACCGCCACGCCGUCGGCCUCCAACAACACCGGCUCGCCCGCCGACUCCAUCUCGUCCGCCUCGGACCACGAGGCACCCCCCCAGCAGCUGCAGGUGGAAAUGGGCAGACCGUGCAUGAAGAAAGAGGCGACGACCGAGGCGGCGGUGGUGAGGCCGGCAACGCUGAGCCUGCCGCAGCUGGAGGUGGCGAGGCAACAAAGCGGACUGCAGGAGUGGAUGCAGGACCCGUUCCUGACGCAGCUGAGGAGCCCCUGGAUGGAGAGCUGGUCGCCAUACUAUGCCAGCGUCCUCAACUUUUAAUCACGAUAGUAUACUAUACAGUAUACACACGAGUACGUACGUACAAUAUGUAUGCAUGCAUAGACGUCUUUACGUACGUACAAUAUGUAUGCAUGCAUAGACGUCUUUCUUCUAUUGGGAAACAGAAAUCAGUGGACAAUAAUCCUAUUAUUUGGGAUUUGGGAUUGGAAUAGACAAACACAACAUGCCUGAGCGUUAACGAUCGGGCCCAAUUGUGGCGAGGUCGCCGUGGCCGGUGGCGCCCGAUCGAAACUCUAGCGGCCCAAGCACGGGGACGUGGGAUCUCCUUGGAGCAGCGGCGGCCCAUCCCGGGAGCAGAGGCUGCGUAUCUGACGGCCAAAUCGCAGACGGCACACAGAAACCGUUUGAUAGACUAGACCUGAGCAUAAAAAAUCCGAGCCGAUUUUGGCCCGCCCAGACCGACCUUCGGUUGAUGUGGACGGGCCUCGGCAGUAGUUUAUGAGCCCGAAAAUUAGACUCAGCUCGAGCCCGCCCAAAAUAUUAAUUUUAAUUAUAUUUACACGUAAAAUUCACCGAAGGACCCAAGCCCGGUCUUACUACAGUCCGGCUUUGAUAUUAUUGGACGGGACUAGGCAGCCAUUUUCAGCCCAAAACAAACCGGGCUUUUCUUUGGCACGACCCAGCCCAUGCUUAGGUCUAUGAUAGACAUGUCACGAUGGUCCGCUCAAGAGCCGUCUGCUAAUAACUCGGUGGGCAAAACCAUCUGCGAGACACAGUCAAUUUCCAAAUGGAACCGUAUGUAAUAUGUUCAUCACUACAA